UUGACUGCACUGCUCUGUUGAUCGGUCUGCGCAGCGGAUGUUUGCUAGAUUUUUCGGAGUUAUAUGCUUAUCUCGGUUCAGAUCGUUAUGUUCUCUGUCCCUAUCCAUUUAAAAACAUAACCUCACAGCACGUCAAAGUGAAGUUCACGUGUUGUUAUUAUACCCAUGUUCUUCUUGAUUUAAAUAAAAAUCAAUACAAAAGCAGGAGUAACAAUAAACUAUGGAUUCCGAGGACGACAACAAUGAAUUUUACUUCGAGUCUGAUCACCUUGCGUUGAAAGGAAACAAAGAUUACAUGUCACUGUUACAAACCAUUGUGAUGUUGGAGGCUCAGAGAACCCAGGCUAUUCGCGAUCUCGAUACAUUGUUGUCUUUUCGAGCAAAAGCAAUGAAGGAUCCAAUAUCCUUUGUUUCUGAGUUGCAAAAUGGUAAUCUCCCGGAGCUGCCUGGUCGUCACAAAAUUCCGGAGAUUCCGUACAUUGAUUGGAGUGCGUAUAAUAUCACUGGGCCGAAUUCACGAAUAAAACCACAAACCAGACAUGGAAAUGUUAUCCCACAAGUUCAAGUUAAAUCGGAGUCGGAUGAUGGAAAAAUUCUCGUUCGUGGUCGAGCAUUUGACGAAUCCAAACCAGAAACUUUCAAUCAAUUGUGGACAGCCGAGGAACAACGUAGAUUGGAAGAACUAUUGAUUGAAUAUCCACCGGAGGAAGUUGAGAUGAAGAGAUGGACUAAAAUCGCAAAUGCCCUAGGAAAUCGAACACCUAAACAAGUGUCCAGCAGAGUGCAGAAGUACUUCAUAAAACUAUUGAAAGCUGGACUGCCAAUCCCAGGUCGUGGACCUAAAGUCAAGACUGACUUCAAGAAAGGUCUUCAUCAUCGGAAUCUCAAGGGUUUACUCAGGAGAUCCACGUUUUUUCCACAUCAAGACUUCAAUGAUUAUGAGGAGAGGGAGGAGACGAGGUCACAUCCGUCGAUUACAACAGAAGAUUCGGAGGAUGAUGCUGGUCCUAGCACUGGAUCCGAAGAAACAUCAGAAUUACGACAAAUUCAAUUACUGAAACGAAUAAAAACAGAGAAAGAGGAGCAGGGACCCCUGUAUCAACACUUCGGUUACAAGUGCUCUAUCUGCGAUGAAGAGCCCCUGAAGGGAACCCGCUGGCACUGCACAGAGUGUCCUGACGUUGACCUGUGCAGUGACUGUGCUGUGGCUCAGAUGGAAGCAGUGAACCCCGUCCACACACCCCUGCACAGACUCACUGACAUUCGUCCACCUGAAUGCUCCAGAAACUACGACAAAGAUUAUUUACCCCAGAAUUUCGACGACUCCUCUUGUUACAAUUAUCUGGACCCAAAUUUUCUGCCAGGAUAAUAAGAAACUAUCUAAAAUUUAUUUAAUUCAAUAAAAAUAUAUUUUUACACUUC